AUUGAAUUGAAUAGUUGUAUUGUGGUCUUGUCACAGAGAUGGCCAAGUCGAAGAAUCACACGGCGCAUAACCAGUCGGCGAAAGCCCACAAGAACGGAAUCAAGAAGCCAAGGAGGCACCGUCACACCCCAACCAGAGGAAUGGAUCCUAAGUUCCUGAGGAACCAGAGGUACGCAAGGAAGCACAACAUCAAGGCCGGCGAGAAUGCUAGCGCUGAAGAAUAAGUAUUUUGAUUCUCUGUGAGACAUUUUUAAGUUUUUUUAUGAGUUUGAGACUUUCUUAGACAAAGGAACGAAUUUACUUUGCUCUUUUGAUUACGCAAUUGUGGUUUGUGUACUCUCUUCUCCUGGACUUAAUUUAAUAUCAGCAGUUUUCUAUUUAUCUUCUAUUAUCUGCAAGUUUCUUGUUUCGAUGCCAAUUCUUAGAUGGUU